ACAUCAUCUCUCGUUCUGAGCCUCAAGAAUUUGGGAGCUUUGGGUACAGCUCUGUGUCGCGCAUUGGAACCAUAUAGCUUGCGGGCUGCCGGAGACUCAGCACCAUUUCGCGCCGACUUUGGCCGCCUAUACUGGUCUCCUGAAACGCUCUCGCAGUAACGCGCCGCGCAAGCUAAUCGACGCCUCUGUCCUCGACGACCCUCGACGGCGAGCCACGCCAUCGCUGCCCAAUAUACCCCUCGACGUUCGAUGCGCGCUGACGUCUGAUUCUGCUAUUCAUUAUGGGUCGCAGAAAGAUCGAGAUCAAGGCCAUCAAGGAUGAUCGGAACCGCUCAGUUACCUUUUUGAAGCGCAAGGGCGGUCUGUUCAAGAAGGCGCAUGAACUCUCUGUGCUCUGCUCAGUUGAUGUCGCUGUCAUCAUCUUUGGUCACAACAAGAAACUGUACGAGUUUUCAUCUGGCGAUAUCAACGAGACAAUCGGUCGCUACCAAUACUAUGGCGGCGCACACGAACACAAGGGUCCUGAGGACUUCAUGGGCAAGAAGGACGGCGACGACGACGAAGACGAGGACGACGAUGGCGCGCCUCCACGCGACUCGCACACCCCGCCAGAGCAGCAUGGCCUGAUGCCGCACCACAUGCAGCACGCGCAGGCCUUCCAACACGUCCGUCACGUCACACCCUCUGCCUCUCCGCCGAUACCGAACGGUUUCCAGCACCGAGGACCGUCGCCGCAGCCCCCCCACCACUUAUCGCGACCGAACUCACGAUUGGACCAACACCCAGGCCAUGUCCGCCGAAGCUCGAAUCUUGCUCCUCCUCAGCCGUACCCCUCGCAAGCACCGCCGCCGCAGCCUAGCUAUGCUUACAUGCCGAACCCCCCCUUCUACAACCCGCAAGCCGCUCAGCGACCGCCGCAAGGUCCGCCAGGUCCUCAGUAUCAUUACGCUACGCACCCCAUGCCGAAUCCCCAAGUACAGCAGUAUAUGCAACAGGAGCAACGGAGACAGUCUAUGCCGCCUGUGCCCCAGAUGCAGCCUUCCCCGCAGAUGCAGCCUACCGCCCAGAUGCAACCGCACCCAUCACAGCAGCAACAACAACAGCAGCAGCAGCAGCAGAUUCAGCAUCAACAACAGCAACAACAACAGCAACAGCAAGCUCAACAACACGCACAACAGCAAGCACAGCAGCAGGCACAGCAACAGCAACAAUCGCAGACACCGCAGCCUCCUCCUCCUCAGCAACAACAGCAGCAGCAGCAACAUGAACGACCGCCGCAGCCCACGAUUACCGUUCCAUCCCCGCCUCAACACGACUUCCAAAGCCCACCUCUCCCGCAGCCGAAACCCUUACACGCAUCCGCCAAGCACAGUAUCUUUACACCUAUUGAUGACAGUCAGUCAAUGUUGGCAGCGCACUGGGGUAGUAGUAGUAUGAUCCCACCUCGCAGUGACAUCCAAGCCAUAACGCAGGAGAACCGGCCGCAGUCAAUCGAUGCAGCCGCCAUGUCACGACUCCAGCCGAACGGCGCUCAGCCUCUGCAACCGCCGAAGAUUUCCAGUCCACAACCGCCACCGCAACCUCCUCAGCGAACGCAGUCUGCUUCAUCCAUACCCCCGAUAGCUCCACCCACGCGAACGAACAGUCUACAGACGGACAAGAACAAGCCAAAGCUACGCGUCCAGAUCCCGAGUGAACAUUCAGAUGGAGGCAGUGCUACAGCCGAUUCGUCACCCAAAGACUCGAUUUCAGGCGCAACGCCAGCUCGCAGCACCGAUGCCUCACAUUCAUCGGGUGUCGUCCUCCCACCUCCGUCACCGUCCGCAAAUUCCCUCCUCAGCGCCGGCGCAACUGGACCACCGAAUCCCUUCGCACGGCCCCCUCCUCCAACCAACAGCAACUCAUACGGUAGCAGCAAUCGCGACAUGGAGACACCCAUAUCAGCACUGCCAUCGCGAUUCGUUGAAAAUGGACUGCUGCCUUCACCGAGCAGCUUUUACCCUGAAUGGGGCUUUGGUCGUGGCGACUCCAAUAUGCUCCCGAGCCCGUUGACAUUUCAAACACCGGUAGUCACGAACGGGCCAUCCUUCGCACGCGACGACUCUGCAGAUCGCAAGCGCAAGACAUCUGACGGGGGGAGCGACACCAGCCAGAAGAGGGUGAAAACCUAA